AUGAAGGGGUGGAGAAGGAAGAUGAGUGACGUACGGCCAUCAACCAAAUGGAGAAGAAAGAUGAUGACGACAUGCUCAUCAAAAAGUGAGCGAGAUAAAAUCAAUAUUUCACCGUCGUCUUCUCCCUUGUCAUCACCUUCGUCAUUGUCCUUGCGUCGACGAUCUUCAGGGCCAUCACUUAAGUCAUGUUAA